AGCUGUUUGCUUGUAAAAAAUAUUCUGAUUCGCCUUAUGCUUGUGUAAAUUGUAUUAGUCAAAAGCGAUUUCAAUUGUUAAAAAAUUCUGUCAGCAAUCUAGAUGUGAAAACUGUUCGGUCAACUUAGUUCAAAAGUGAAUAAAACAACGGAUUGAUACAGUAGCUGCCUAGUGUCCAGUCAGUGUUAGUUUAUAAUUGAUACUGUGCGAGUUGUAUAUGUACAUAUAUAUUUUCUGAUGGCGCCGACACCGCCCGUAAAGAUAAUAAUGAAAAACGACUGUGAUACAAAUCGCAGCACCGGCGCAGUACCCAAACAAGUAACAACAACCACACAAGGCGCAGCAUUGCCGGCAAAUCUCAAUAGAACGCCGUCAACGACGUCAACCAGAUCGAGUAGCAGUCGUGCUCGCAAUUCUUCCCUAAUCAAGCAGCAGCAGGAACAGCAGCAGAGGGAGCGGGACGAGGACAUUGCGGCGCGACUGCAACGCGGCACAUGCAAGACUCUAUACGAUCUGCUGGAGCGUGCCACAACUGCUAAAACCCAAUACAGCAGCCAGCAGCAAGAGCAACGCGAGGCGCUGCGUCAAUUGGCCGCGGAACAUAGUUACGAUCCAACAGAUCAGCUACAGGAACAGCAUCAUCGCUAUUGCUUUCCUGUACGUCCAGUGCAGCGAGUGCAGCAUCAGCAGCAGCCCCAGCCCCAGCCCCAGUCACAGCCACAGCCACAGCCCGUAGCAGCAGCUGUGCUGCGUCUGCGUCAACCAACGACACCGAAUGCCACAGUAGGCGUUGUCACACCCAACACGACCAACGGCAACGAGGAGCAACAGCCCACAAGCACUAGCAGCACGAGUGCAAUCGCCAGCAACUCCCAGGCGCCUACAGCUCUGCAAACUGUGGUUCAUCGUCUCUUUGGGGUCUCAGCGCAGAGCUCGACACGCUCGCAAAUCGAAGUGUUGCGCACUUUGCUCGGCUUGGAUGAGAACUGGAAUAGCGGCAGCGGACAACAACAGGCAGCAGGCAGUGUUAUCGAGUAUUUAAGCAGUAUGGUGCAUGAAAUCAAUCCCAGUGCCAGUGAAAAAGAUGAGGGCAUUGUCAAUUCGACAAGCUUGGAGGAUGUUGCAUUGAGUGAGAUGAGCGACAAUCGCGCCCAGUCCAUACAGUCACUGCACAGCGUUCUGGAGACACCAACACCAGAUACUACGCCCAGUUUUGAUGAGCUACAACAGCGGCUAGAUGCCUCCAAUCGCAAUAUGCAACACUUGCAGGAUGAGCAGCAGAAGCUGCGACAUAUACAAAACAUGGCCAAAACGCAUCUCAACGAAAUGGAGCAGCUGCGUCAACACAGCGCACAUCUUGCGCAUAACGGCAACGGCGAUGCGCCCAACUAUGAAUCUGUACAGCAGGUGCAGGACGAUAUGGCUUCGCUUGUGGGGCGCAUGAAGAAUCUCACGGCUUUUAUACACAAUCAAAACGAGCUAAGCAGCGUGCUGGGCGACGAUGGCCCAGAGAUUUUGGCCGAGCAGCAGGCGCUGCAGGAGAAACUUGAAUCAUUGCGUGCGCAGCGAGAGGACAUGCGCGAAUUGGUCAAUGAGCUAACCAGCAUCAAUCGAAAGGCCAAAGAGCGGGUGCAGGCGGUUCGUGCCGCCAGCCAGGAGACGAGCACCCCAAGAGAGGAGACACCCCCAAAGCAGCAGCAGCAGCAGCAGCAGCAACAGGCUAAACCCACAAAUGAGCGUAUCGUCCCAGUGGAAUAUCAACGCAAUGUUCCCAUUUUGCGGCAGGAGGCAGUCAAUGCAGCUCAGCGUGCUCAACACGCUCAGAAUAUGAUUGAUCAGAAAACGGCGGACAUUGAGGCGUUGAAGGCACAAAUGAACAGGCUGAAGAGCAUGCUGAAUACCGUUAAUCAGAUUGAAGCCGGCACGUCCGACAUCGGCGAGACCUUGGAGCGUCGCAGCGUUGAGCGACCCGAAGAACGACCUCGGGACAUUUCGCAGCGUGUGCAGGCAUUAGACGGCGUUAGCUCGGAGCUGCGCGCUGAGGCAGCCACAUUGCAGCAGGAGCGCGAUCGCAUUUCUGCACUGAAGGCUGAAAUAGAGCGACGCCAGAGGCAGGCAGCAGCUGCGGUACAGAUGGGAGACGAGGCGCUGCAGCGUCACAGCCUGACUCCAACGCCCCUUCGACAGCGUCCACAAGAUGAUGAGCAGGAGGAGGAAGAGGACGAAGAGAAGGAGGAUGAAACAAAAAGGCGAAUUCAGUUGCAAACGCGCAAUGAGUUGCGGGCACAAUGCGAGAAAUUGCGACAGGAAUAUGAGAAGAAGCAACGCGAGUAUGAAGCACAUUUUAUGAACAGCCAUGGCACCAACAACCACAAUGGGGGCAACAACAACAACAACGACAACACCAACACAACUUCGGAGGCUGAUGAUGAGGGCAAUGAUGACACCGACAGCGAUAGAUAUUUUACACAAUUGCGCGCUUCAUCUUCGGCUACUUUAAAACGAACUGCCUCGACCAUUACCGUUGUGGAGAAACAGCAACAGCAGCAGCAGCAACAACUGCAGCAGCAACAGCAGCAGAUGCUGCAGCAGCAGCAGCAGCAGCAACAACAAGAACAACAGCGACGAACACAACUCAAGCAGCAACAACAACAUACGCCCAAUGCUCACUCCAUGUCAAACAAUGAAGACGAUCUGAAUCUAACGAUUGACAGCCUCUCCCUGGGCAACGAUAGCAUACCGUCGAGCAGCACUAGGUCCCAGUAUAUGCCGCCGCCAAUGGCACCCGUUCAAGGCAUGUGGAACACGCAUAGUACGGCCAACACUUGGCACUCGCAGCCUGGCUAUCUGCCAGCAACGCCAACAGGUGCUCCAGUUGCACCGGGCGUCGCUGCUUCCUCGCAGGCUUCGAGUGUCAACCAAACGCCCGACGCAGUGCUCUUGCAGCAGUUUAUGCAGACCCAGCAGAUGCUCAUCAACUCAGUCUGCCAGUGCAAUCAGACCUUGUGGCAUCAGCAGCGUGAAAUUGACAGUCUCAACAGUCAGAUACAUUCGUUGCAGGAACGUUUGAACGCAUCGUGCCAAGAGCACGCCUAUAGUCUGCGCUCGGAGUCCGUUCCGCCUAUCGCUGGCGGUCUGGCGCCAAACAACCUGUGUCUGGGCGCCAGCGCUCGCGCCCAGUCGGAGCAACUAUAUAAUUUCGGCUCCUCGCAUCAGAGCGCCUUUAGCAACUAUCAGCGCAGCACUCAUCGCAACAAUAUCUACAGCGGCAGCGAUCCGCAUCAGGCGCAGACCUAUUUGAACAAUGCCGCGCCACCGCCACCACCGCCACCGCCCACGCACUACAACAAUGAGACGCCGCUGUCGCCGCUCUCGUAUCGCCCCACUCCGGCGCCCAUAUUCAUGAAUCAUCACAACAACACCAUACACCAGAAUAACGCCAACUUGCGCACCCAGAACCAGCAUGCGAACAAUUUGCAUUCGCUGCCGGAGGAUGCGGUGCCGCCACCCACUCUGAACAACCAGGUGCCGCCGGGCAACCGGGCGAACAACUAUUGGGAUAACUUCCGAAGCUAUACACGCCAGAAUCUGCUAUCUAACAAAAGCAACGAGGAACUCAAUGUGGAGCACCAAUAUCGCCAGAUACAACGCCAGCGCCAGCGUCCUAGCUAUUUUCAGACGCAUCUGCCACACACUGCACGCGGCUCCACCAGCAGCAUACUGCUACAGCAGCAGCAGCAGCAACAACAGCAACAGGCUCAGUCACAUCGUCACUUCUAUGAGACAACACCUCAGCAGCCGCAACCGCAACCGCAGCAACAGCAACAGCAGCAGCAACAACAUUUGCUCAACGGCAGCAGCAGCAACAAUUUGAACAACAGCAGCAGCAGCAAUCACGACUGGCGCAAUAACGCCCAUGGUGAAGAGGAGGAUGUGGAGGAGGAAGAUAAUAAUGAUUCCUCAAUAUUCGGCAGCAGCGGAGGCAGACGGCGCAAUCGCCGGCGUCCAAUGCCAACGCUGCGCAACGAGGAGACUUCCUUGCAGGAGCUAACGGCUGGCUCGUCCAAUUUCUUCAACAUGAAUGUGAACAGUCCUCUGUAUCAGCGCAACAAAGUGCCGGCUAAGCCGACCACGUCAGCGGUGUCUCUAACACCGUUGCAGCAGCGCCAUCUGCGCUUCGAUUUCGAGCUGCCUGCUCAAUACAUGGACUAUGAGCUACCAGAGCCGCAGGCGAUGCAGGCUCCGCCUGCUGCUCCGGUGUACAAUGUCACAGCACAGGAGUCCGUCGUGCCAGAGGAAUCCAAUGCGGUGCUGGAACAAGGCACAGAGGAGACUGCUUCAGAGGAACUGAAUCGCAAUUUGCUGGUAAAUGCAUUGAAAAAUGAUAAAUUUACCACAAAGUUCUACGAGUCGAUCAAGGAGGAUGUCUACAGACGACUUGAAACUCUCUUCGAACAGCAGCAACAACAGCAGCAACAGUUGCAGCAGCAGCUAGGGGAACAGCAACUGUACAAUGAAGUGCAUAGCCUGCGCAAGACCCUCAACCAGGGUCAGGCGCCUAGUGCCCCUCCGGCAGAGAACGCCGUUGCAAACGAGUCAACAGAGGCCACGGAGAGUGGCACUGAGUCGCCCCAGGCUCAAUCUGUCAGCGACCGGCCUGAGGACGACAAUAGUCUGCCAUUGCAGGUAAUGGCAACGGCAGCUGCUGCUGGGGCAGCAACUGCAUCUACAUCUGCAGCAGCAGCAGCAGCAGCAGCAGCAGAAGGCGCUUCAGGAGCUGAAUACGCAGAGGCAGCUGGCGUUGGUCCCGCACCGUUGGACAACGAUGAUCAAAUCAUUGAGGUGGUCAUUGAACGACCCGGCACGCCUCCAUCGGCUAGUCUUGACCUAUCGCCGGAUCACGAGCUUAUUGAGUACAUAAUCAAACGCAUACGCAACCAGACGCAUAACAACACAAUCAUCAACGAUUCACUGCUGGCUGAGGUCUCCAAGCUGACGGCAAAUGCGGCCCAAAACUCGGCCGCCAGCUGGACGCCAAAUGCCGUCUCGCCGCUCAUUUCGCCCAAGCGCUUUUAUGCUAAGAUUAAGAAGUUGGACGUGCCAAGGCAGCGCGACGAGUUCUUGCUUUGGUAUCGCACCUAUCUGGAGCAGCUCUUUGUGGUAGAGCAGCAGUCAGCCGACACCGGCAGCAUGCCCAUAACGAAAAGUAAGGAGCUGAAAGCUCAUUCCAAAAAGCAGGUCAAUAAACGCGUGCGUGCUCAGUCGAACUCGCAGGAUUCCAACAAUGAUGCCGACCUAGCCGAGGCAGACCAGAAGAAGGUUACGCUAAACGGGGGCGAUACAGAGUGCGAGAACAAUGAGAAUCCGGAGGAGGAGGCCAGCGCAGCGGCAGCUCAAGAAACUCAGAAUAUCAGUUUAGAUUAAAUCGAGUAAAAUUAGUUAGUUAUUAGAUCACUAGACGGGACCCACCCAGUCAACAUUCCCAGCCUAUCCGUAUACAUGUGCAUAUAUAUAUGCAAUUAUAUACUCAUAUAUACAUAUUCCAUAUGACAUACCUAUAUGAACUAACAAAAUUAGUUACUAGCCGCAAUGGGCGGCCCAUUUUCGACUUUGUUUUUAUUUUGUAUUAAAUUAUAAAUGUACA